UUAAUUUAUAAAGAUUUUACCAUAAUGUCGCAUUUCAGUUUCUAUAUAAACAAGAAAACAUAUUUAAAAGCAUUUCCCCACAAAAUGGGAAAACGCAAACUCCACAUGGCCACCUACAAAUAUAGAAUAUAAGUAGUCUUCGCCAUUAAUCAACAGCUACCGCGAAACACGUGCAAGCAACAUCGCGCUCUCGUAUAAUAAACUCUUCGCUUCGCUACGUCUCCCCCAAAAAUCUCAAUCGGCGAAAAUGAGCGUGGAAUUCAUCGACGGCCAGAUCGUGACGGAGUUCGUGAACGACGCGCAGGCGUUCGAGAAGUGGGCGGGCGAGAAGUUCAGGGCGCUCGACGCCGACGGCAACGGCGUGCUGUCGCGCGACGAGCUGCAGAGGCGCUCCGGCAAGCUGUCGUCGACGCAGUUCGAGCUGCAGUCGGCGGACGAGAUCGCGAGCCUCUACGACGUGCUGUUCAGCAGGUUCGACGCCGACGGGAGCGGGACGAUCGAUCCGCAGGAGUUCGUGGCGCUGACGAGGGAGAUCAUGCUGGCGAAGGCGCGCGGGAUCGGGAACUCGCCCGUCUGCAUUAUUCUGCAGGGGGAUAGCUUGCUCAUGAGGGCCGUGCAGCGCGCCAAUGGCUGAUUUUUUGGAAUCUGGAUGUUUAUGUCAUGUGCGGUGCGUUGAGAUCUGUUGAUUUUAUUUUUUUAGGCAGUUUUUCAAUAGUUUUGAUUUCUGAUCAUAGUAAAGAGUAGUUUUUCUUUGGUUUUUUUUUUAAAAAAAAAAAAAUAAACAGUAGUUUUCCUCAACGGUUUCGAUAUUUUUACUUAUUUGUGUAAACUCGAAUUUGAAUAUCUGAAAUUCACAGAAUUUGAUUUUGUUUUUA